ACACAGUCCACAUUUUUAGUGAAGAAACUCUGAAAUCAGACAACCAGCAUUUGUGCUCAAUUGAGGAAUCUGUAUCGAAUGGAUUACAUUUUCUUCUCACAAUUCAUUUAAUUAAUGGGCUGUCGGGUGCUGGCUCAUUUGUGAUCUCACACUAUAAUGCCUCUGCACAGUUUGUAUUUAUUUUAAACCACUGGUGUGCACUACUACAAAACACACUUCAAAUGAACAGACUUCAACAUAUCAGGUGUCAUAUGCUAGCAUAUAAGAAUAUGAACAUAGCCACUACUCUGUCUAGCCCUCUCACAACUCAUGUGCUAAAUACAGCCAAAGGAGUUCCUGGAGCCAACAUGACCAUUAGCCUUCAUCGCCUAAACCCCAUUUCAUCAGAGUGGUACUUACUCACAACAGGGAUAACUAAUGAUGAUGGACGGUGUCCUGGGUUAAUCACAAAAGAAAGUUUUAUUGCUGGUGUGUAUAAAAUCCGUUUUGAGACUGGAAAAUACUGGGAUGCCUUGGGGGAGACAUGCUUCUAUCCAUAUGUUGAGGUCAUCUUCACCAUUAGUGAUCCUUCACAGAAGUACCAUGUUCCUCUGCUUCUGAGCCGUUUCUCUUUUAGUACAUAUAAAGGAAGUUAGAUGUAAUGUUCAUGAAUCUUUCAGUGCCCGUGCAAUGAUAAAAUAAUGAAGUAUGUUUUCUCUACUGUUUUAAUACUUCAUAAUAGUGUUCAGUUUUUGUUGAAAAUUAGUUAAUCGUUUACUAAAUGUUAAUACACAUUUGUAUAUGAUUAAAAUGUGUUAGUUACAAAUUUGUUAUCAUCUACAAAAGGUUUUGUAGAUCUUGAAAUCAUCACAAACUAAUCAUUAAAUACAUAAUUAGUAGAUAUAUUAUGAGUCACUCACUUAACUAAACAUGGUAUCUUGAUACACAUUGCUCGAUCAUGAACAAAUAACAACCAAAUCUCUAUAAUAAGUAGCCUAUUGAAUUUGUUGAUUCUAAUUUUUAUCAUUGAGUACACUGUAACAAAAUGUUGUAAAACUAGCAAAUAAUGUUUUCCAUUAAAACAGUACAGUGUAUCCUGAGCACCUGUGUCCUAUACUAUAAAUAUAUUAACAGUGAUAUACUCUGUAUACACAUGCAGUGGUGUUAAUUCUGUGUCCAGACUGCCCACCUUCCCUAACUUACUAUUUCCUAUUAUAACUUUAACAACUUUUAAUUACCAUUGUAAAAUUGAAGGAAGUUGACCAAUCAGAAGAAAGAAGAGGAAGAAAAAGAGGAUGUGGCAUAUGAACCAGAAGGGGUGAGAAGAAAAGGAAGCAGUAAAGAAAAGAAGAGAGGACCAUCACCAGUACAGUCAGACUUAAGUCAUCUGUGUGUGGAACUAGCACAUUUACAAUCAGCUAGAGAACAAAUGCAUGCUGUGUUUUGGAUUGAUGCAGUCGACUGAGGUCGAUUUUUUUAAUAUAUAUAUAUAUAUAUAU